CUUAGAUAAGCCUACACCAGUCACAGCAAUAGCCUUUUCUCCAUUGUCUCCUACAUGUUAUUUGCUUCUUCAUAUACAUAAUAUCCAUCUUCUAAAAACAAUUCUGAUCCCAUCGAUCAGUCUUAUACAAAAUGAAGAAAGCAGAAUUGGCGUUCGUCCCUCUUCCAGUUCCCAGCCACCUUCCAGCAGCUUUAGAGUUUGCAAAACUCCUUGUCAAACACCAUGAUCGUCUUUCCAUCACCAUCGUUCUCAUGAACCCACCAUUUGCAGGCUCCAAAAACCAAGCCCAUCUCGAGUCUCUUGCUUCUCACUCCACCAUCAUAGAUCCCCGGAUCACCUUCGUCCUUCUUCCACACGAUUACACCAUUCCUGAAACUUCUAACCCCCAUAUCCUCUCCAGUACAUUCAUCAUCAACCAAAUAACCCACCUCAAAAACUUCCUCACUAAUCGUAGAAACCAAUAUUCCGAACCAGGCCAUGACUCGCCUCAGCUUGCUGGCUUAGUCCUUGACAUGAUCUGUGCGCCCUUGAUGGAUGUGGCUCAUGAGUUAGGACUUCCUUCUUAUGUGUUCUUCACGGUGAGUGCAGGAUAUGCUAGCCUUAUGUUCCACAUCCAAAUAGACGCCAAGGACGACCCGGAUGCUGAAUUGGUCUUGCCGAGCUUUGCCAAUUCAGUUCCUAGUAAAGUCUUGCCAGAUUUUAUGCUGGACAAAGAUAUUUUCUCAUACUAUCUCAAUCAAUUCAGAAAAAUGAAAGAAAAAGCUAAAGGUUUUGUUAUAAACACCGUCAGGGAGUUGGAACCCCAUGCCGUCGGUUCUUUGGCUGGUCCAGCAUUUCCAACCGUGUAUACUGUGGGACCCUUACUAAACUUGGCAGGGGAGCAAUCUGAUAGCGAUGUGGGUUCCAAAGAGACUACAGACGACUGUGAUGUUAUCAAGUGGCUUGAUGAUCAACCUCCAUCAUCGGUAGUGUUCCUAUGCUUCGGGCACCUGGGAAGAUUCAGUGAGGAUCAAGCGAGAGAGAUUGCAAAUGCACUUGAAAAAUCUGGGACUCGGUUCAUUUGGUCUUUACGUCAAAGUAAAUCAGAUGGCUACACAGAUUCUAUGGAAGCUCUGAUUAAAGGGUUUCUUGAUCGGACGGCUGGGAUGGGGAAGAUCGUAGAAUGGGCUCCACAGGUGGCCAUCCUGUCCCACCCAGCAAUAGGAGGGUUUGUAUCACAUUGUGGAUGGAAUUCUAUACUUGAGAGUGUGUGGUUUGGUGUGCCUAUUGCCACGUGGCCGCUAUAUGGGGAGCAACAGGUAAAUGCAUUUGAAAUUGUUAGAGAGUUGGGAUUGGCAGAGGAGAUUAGGUUGGACUUCCUUAUGGAUCUUCUGAGCCAGAAUGCUAAUGAGGUUGUGAGUGCUCAAGAUAUAGAAGCAGGGAUCAGAAGAGUGAUGGCGCAUGAUAGUGAUAUAAGGAAGAAUGUAAAGGAGAUCAGUGAAAAGAGUAGGAAAGCAUUGAUCAAUGGUGGAUCUUCAUACAUUUCUUUAGGACGCCUUAUUGAUGAUGUAUUUGAUAAUGUGGCCUAAAAACGAUAUUAGGUUUUUCUAUUUUUCAAAGUUGAGUAAGUAUGCUUACUCAGAUGAAUUAACAAACAAACUGUUGGCUUGUUUCAUCAGAUAAAUCAAAGGAGGGUGAUAACACAUUAUCAAAAUUCUGUCAAAUUGAAGCAAACAAUGAAAUAUGAAUGUGGAACUUUUUCAAGUAA